GUGGACGUCGCUCGCUGCCGUCUCAGCCCCCGGAAGGAGCCGAGAGCUUCCGAUGAGAGCCGAGCAGCUCCGGAGGUUUCCCCGACGAAGCGCAGCUCCCUCGGCUCCGCUCGCGGGCCGGCGCCCCGCGGCGAUGGGCGGUGCUGGGAGAGGGGCGGUCUAGCGGCGGCGGCGGCCUCCUCCUCCUCCUCCGCCUCCUCGGGCAGGUAGGAGCGCUUCCUGGUGUUGGCGGGCGGCCGGAGCGAGGCCCCCACACCCGCCGGCGGCGGCACCUGCCGACCAGGUUCGGUCGGGGCGGAGGGCGGAGCCGGCAGGUUGUUCAGCAACAGUUAUGAACUCUCGGUUACGAGCACUAGGUGGGAGAAUAAAUAACAUUCGAGCAUCAGAACUACCAAAGGAACGCACCCGAUCUGAGAUCAUUUGCAGUGUCCGCUUUUUGGAUGGCUCAAUGCAAAGCUUCAAAGUUAGUAAACAAGAUACUGGUCAGGUGUUGUUGGAUUUGGCCUUUAAUCACUUGGGUGUGACAGAGAAGGAAUAUUUUGGUUUGCAGCACUGUGAGGACUCAGCAGAUUCAACAAGAUGGCUUGAAUCUGGUAAACUUGUUCGGAAACAGCUAAAAGGUGGUUUCCCUUGUAGCCUGCAUUUUCGAGUAAGGUUUUUUAUACCUGAUCCGAACACACUGCAGCAGGAUCAAACCAGACAUUUAUUCUUUCUGCAAUUGAAGGCUGACAUUUUGGAAGGAAGGUUGUUAUGCCCUGUUAAUUCAGUUGUGGUACUUGCAUCAUAUGCAGUUCAGUCUCAGCUUGGAGACUACAAUGGUUCCACCCAUCUUCCAGGAUACCUUUCAGAGUAUUGCUUUAUUCCAGAGCAAAAUCAAGAUUUCACAACCAAAGUUGAAUCGCUGCAUGAACAGCACAGGGGCCUCAGUCAGUCAGAAGCAGAGUCCUGCUACAUUAAUAUAGCAAGAACACUUGAAUUCUAUGGAGUAGAAUUACACAGUGGUAGAGAUCUUCAUAAUCUUGAUCUUAUGAUUGGAAUUGCUUCAGGAGGUAUUGCUGUAUAUAGGAAACUCAUUUGCACAAGCUUCUAUCCUUGGGUGAACAUAAUAAAAAUUUCGUUUAAACGAAAGAAGUUCUUUAUCCAGCAGCGACAGAAACAUAAUGAAUCCAGGGAACACAUAGUUGCCUUCAAUAUGCUAAACUACCGAGCAUGCAAAAACCUGUGGAAAUCUUGUGUGGAGCUUCACACAUUUUUCCAGGCAAAGAAGAUGCUACCUCAUGAGAAGUUACUUUCCCAUUAUUGGACCACGAGUUCUAGAACACCAACCAAAUCUUCUAACAAUCAUUACUGCAAAAAAGUAAUAGGUGGUAUGAUUUGGAAUGCAGCUAUGAGGAGAUCUUUGUCAGCUGAACACCUAGAGACCAAAAGUCUUCCUUCUCGGUCUCCUCCAGUUACCCCAAACUGGCGAAGUCCUAGAUUACGUCAUGAGAUUCGUAAACCACGACACUCAUCUGUAGAUAACCUUGCAAAUGAGAUUUCCUAUAUAACUGAAACAGAAGAUGUGUUUUACACCUAUAAAGUUUCCCCAGCUUCCAAGGAUAGUGAUUCAGAGUUGUCCCAGAGUCGCAGCCCAUGGAGAAGCAGAUCAUCAGAACAGGAAUCACCAAAGAACAUAUUGGAAAAUAAUUCAACACAGAAUGUUUUGUCUCAGACUCUCAAUGGAGUUGGCAACCUUUCAGGGUCUUAUCCUUUGAAUGGAAAAGAUAAACAGUCUUUAGAAACAAAUGAAAAUGUUUCAAAAGGACUUUUAAUGGAUGACUCCAAUCAGUACUACUUUGAUAAGAAUGAAGUUAUUGAUGGAGACUUGCUUUUGAUACGCAUUUUGCCAGAUGAAGAUGGAAAAUUUGGAUUUAACCUGAAGGGGGGCAUUGAUCAGAAGAUACCUCUAGUUGUGUCCAGAAUCAUUCCAGGUUCCCCUUCUGAUAAAUGCAUUCCAAAAUUGCUUGAAGGUGAUCAGAUAGUAUUAAUCAAUGGCCGGGACAUAUCUGAGCACACACAUGACCAAGUAGUGAUGUUUAUAAAAGCCAGCAGAGAGUCACAUACACGUGAGCUUGUACUUCUGAUCAGGCGGAAAGUUCUUAGACCAUUUGUUGAGAACAAGUUGGAAGAUGAAGCUGAUGGAUCUGGUUUUCUGGAAACAAUUAUUCCCAACUGUUCUGAGUAUGGUGAGACUUUAGAAGAAUCAAUGGAGCAACUAAAGAAAGGACUGGAAAGUGGAACUGUCCUAAUUCAGUUUGAACAACUUUAUAGAAAAAAGCCAGGAUUAGCUAUUACUUGUGCAAAGCUACCUCAAAACAUGGACAAAAAUCGGUACAAAGAUGUUCUGCCAUAUGAUAUCACUCGAGUAAUAUUACAAGGAAAUGAUGAUUACAUAAAUGCAAAUUAUGUUAAUCUGGAAAUUCCUCCUGCAGGCAUUGUGAACAAAUACAUAGCCACUCAAGGGCCUCUUCCACACACCUGUGUUCAUUUCUGGCAAGCAGUUUGGGAUCACAGAUUAUCACUGAUUAUCAUGCUGACAACCCUUACAGAACGAGGGCGGACCAAAUGUCAUCCUUAUUGGCCUGAUCCUCCAGACGUUCUUGAUUAUGGCAACUUUCGUGUCAAGUGUCAAUCUGAAGAUUGUACCAUUGCUUACGUGUUUAGAGAAAUGGUUAUUACAAAUAUUGAAACAGAGGAAGAACACACAGUCACUCAUCUCCAGUAUGUGGCUUGGCCUGAUCAUGGUGUCCCUGAUGAUUCCACCGACUUUUUGGAAUUUGUGACCUACAUGAGAUCAAAGAGAGUGGGAAAUGUGCCAGUUCUUGUUCACUGCAGUGCUGGAAUAGGCCGGACUGGAGUAUUGGUUGCUAUGGAAACAGCUCUGUGCUUAAUUGAAAAAAGCCAACCUGUUUAUCCACUGGAUAUUGUACGAAAGAUGCGAGACCAUCGUGCUAUGAUGGUGCAAACAUCAAGUCAGUACAAAUUUGUCUGUGAAGCUAUUCUUCAUGUUUAUAAAGAAGGACUAGUACGCCCGCUGGAUUCCAGUUAGCAUAAAUGUGAAGAAAUGGAGUUCAUCUUUCUAAAGACACAUGUCAAGCCCAAGUGGUUUGUGGUGAUAGAUUAUGGCAGAGCUCGCCAAGGCUUUGGGGAAGAGAAAGCAAGUUUGUACCAUGGCACUUUAAAAUUCUGUAGGAAAUUACUGAACCAUGUAAUCUACAUAUGAAUCAGGUAAGUUUGUAAAGGCAUGUGAUGUGGAAUGUACGCACACAGAAAACAAGAAAAGAAAAUCUUGAUGUACUCGCUGUAUGCACCUUUUAUUGCCUUAAAACAUUUUUCAUUAGAAGAUUCCAGUGCUCUCCAUUGUGAACUGAAAAAGACCAACCAGCAAUAUCAAUGGAAAAGCAACCCAAUUAUUUGAAGAGCCAAGUGCCUUCAUCGCCUAAAGAGUUGAGUAUUCCACAACUCCCACAAAAUUGGACUGAAUCAUCCCAAUACCAGUUAACGUUGGCAAUAUUACUUUGCUCAGGCAUAUUUAUGAAAUGAAAUACCAAGGGCUGGAGCAAUGGCACUGUAACCUCUGUAAAUCUAUCUGCAUCACUGAUAAGCAUAUUUAAAGCAGGCAGAGAUCAUGUGCUAUGCAGAAAAGGCAGUGGGGCAACUGCAUGUGAAAGAGAAUACAAUCUGUCUUCCACUGGUUAUUUUUAUGUGCUCCUUGUUUCUGUAUUGCUCUUUAUCUUGUUAUUUCUUCCACAUGUUUGUUUUGAAAUGGGUGGUGCUUUUAAAUUCAGUUUGUUUGAUCUGCUCCUCUGUUUCAAAAUCUGUUGUUCUUCAGAUACAGAUAGCAAAGUAUCUUUUACUGUUCGUGUAAACAUUUUAAUCAGGUGCUGGAAGACUAUCUACUGCUGACACAAAUAUACUGUUGCUGCUAAAAUGUAAAGGGCAUAGAUGUUCAGAUGCUAAAACACUUAGUUCAUUGUCCAUCAGAUAAAACUUUGUUCUGCCCUAAUCAUGGGCCAAGUCUUCCAUUGCUUUAGCAACAUCAUUGCUAUUGCUAAGCCAUCCCAUUGUGUUCAGCUCUCAAGUAACACAUGGAUGCAUAUAUCGUAUGGCUUGGUCAGAUCUUGUGGAUGGAUCUAUAAGUACCCCUCUUCAGUUGUGGGAUCACUUCUGCUUGCAUUUUGAAGUAUCUAUGAAAUUUGGCCUACAUGUGGAUAUACAAGGAAAAACAGGCUGUCAUGCAGCAGCAAGAAUACUACAAAAAACAAACAAACAAAAUCUAUUUACAGUGGUGCCUCGCAAGACGAAAUUAAUUCGUUCCGCGAGUUUUG